AUGAUGAAUCAAUUGGCUCAACUGCAACAAAAGGUCGAUGACUUAUACAAGAAUCGCAAUGCAACUCCAAACCUGGACUCCGACAAAUCCCAAGCAUUAUUGUCGACCGAGAAAUCUUCACCAUUCAACGGACAGCUAUCCAUUGAAUCUACUAGUCAGCCUUUUGACAGUAGCCAGCAUUUUGGUAUCUUUCAGCCAACAGACACUUUCGUUACAAGCACAUCAUCACCUGGCUAUAUCGCAUCAAGCUCUCAGAUCCGGGCCCUUCGUGGGCUCAGGAACACCAAGCGCUCCUCAGAAUCGGGCCAUAAUCCCACAGAAAAGAUAAUCUCGGUCAAACUCCCAGAGAAAUCCAUUCUAUGGUCCCAAGUGGAAGCUUUCUUCGAAGAAUUCGGAUGUUUCUGGCCAUUCUUGCGCGAGGAAAAAGUUCGCCAACGAUUAUCUGCGGUAUUGGAUAACCUUGACUAUGGGGAUAAGCAAAGGGAGAUCAAAGUGACCGCUGAAAAUUGCAAGAUCAUUGCAAUAUUACUGAAUAUGCUGGCAUAUGCAUCGCUUAUGACCGAGCCAUAUACAUCUGAAGACUCUACACCGGGAUCCCAAACGUACUGCAAAGGGCUGAGUCUAAUGGAGACCUUUGCGAAGCUGCAUGAUAAUGAUCUGGAUACCAUGAUCUACCAUACACUAUCCGCAGCUUUCUUCCUCGGGGCAGAGAAGCUACAAAUGGCGCUGCAAAGUGCCUCACAAGGAUUCUAUAUUGCGCGUCGCACCGAGCUCAAUAACCAGAAACAGUGGCCCACAAAUGUACAAGACGAGAUAGUCUGCCGGCAGUCCUUGUGGUGGACGCUAUACUUCCUUGACAAGCGGAUUACACAAAAGAUUGGAAUAACAUAUUCCGUUCGAGAAAAUGAAUGUGGUGUGAGAGACUUCUUCGAUGCAGAAGACGAUCGUGGCUUGCAGGAUCAUCAUCAGCUACUCCAGAGCAUGAUUGCAUUCAGUCAGCUCUGGUCAUAUAUUUGGGAUUGCUUCUUCUCUCCACGGGCCUUUGAGAAGCAGGAUGAUUGGGAGGACCUUGAAUUGACAGAUACCCGGAUUAUGUUGGCUUAUCGCCGACUACCUUCAACGCUUCAUUGGAGUUCAGAAAAUGUUUUCAAUUAUAUGACCGAGGAGAGCGAGAGGCAUAUUCGUCGCCGGAUUCUUGUUUUCCUGCGCCGUGAAUCGUGUGUCUCUCUCUGCAAGGGGAUGGUCGAUGCGGUGCAAGCCUACACUGAUACAUUCGGAUGUCCCAAGCCAAGCGGCUACUUCUUAACAUCUGCUUUAGUAGAAAGCUUAUACUGGGUUGAGCUUGAGCGUCGGCAAGAUGUUCCGAUUCUUCCAGAGUCCCUCCUCAAUAGCACCAAGUCUCUUGCCACGAAGCUACUUCGAAAUCUGUCAUCCGAAAGUGGAGCGGCUGCAAGAGCAUACGAAGCGUUGGGUGAUGUUCUUUCCACGGAAAGUUUGGGGAGUCUCCACCUUGGGAAUUUUGAUGAGCUGAUAGAGUCUCCGAGAUACAUGGAAAACAUGUUUGACCUGGGAGAAAUGUGGAAUGACAAAGAUCCUUUCUCAUUGGACUUUGGUGCAAUGAUGACUGACUCCAAAGCUAUUAGUGAUCAGCAUUCCAAAAGCACCCCGAGCCCAUCUACACGAAGAACUGUGGAGACACAUGGGAGCCAUUUCAAUCAUUUUUCCGAGGACUUUGAUUGGUAUUCUCUGAUGCAGUCACUGCCUUCGGGUGAGUCUGACCCGCUCGAUCUUUUCUAG